GUAUGUUCUUUGGUGCUUGGAUUUGUGUCGGGCCGGGGAUUUGCGCUAGUCGUAUCCCUCAUAAGAAGUGAAAAAAUGGCAAAAAACAUGAGUUCCAUCGACGUCAAAGAUUUGAACAAUAGUGCAGAUGUCUGGAGAAGGAAACCAUCCAUGAGAGGUUUGAUAAUGUGGCUUGUGUUAGUGGGUAUGGCGUACCUUAUAGUAACGUAUUUCACCACUGGCCAUGUGAAGUUGCCACAUCCACUACCAUCUCAAAGAAAGUUCUCCGCACGUAUGCUUGGCUCUGUACAAAAUAUCAUCUCCAAUUACCUCGCUCAAUUGCCGAAUGUUACACCAGCAACACUUUCGAACCCAACAGUCGCUGGGAACUCCUUUUUCUACAUCCAGUACCCCAAGGCAAGUUACAAUGUAUGUGAUCAGCUGGCGUUGUACAUCGAAGCGAGGGACAAUACGAACAAGACGAAGACCAGUGGAGGUGAUUUUUUGUGGCCCUACCUGCAAACAGCCUCACUACGCGCUAGUACCCCGGCAGACGAGGUGAUCGACCAUGGGAACGGUUCAUACACCGCCCUCUUCACGCUACACUGGGCCGGGGAAGUCGAGCCGUUCGUAUGGUUUGUUCUCAGCUCCGAGCAGUCUUAUUCAGUGCGUAAAAUUAGGGACCAAAUACCUUACAGGUUUGCCUACGACGCCAUAUUCACUGACGACCAAACUAUCGAAGUGACACCGUGCCACAUUACGAAGGAUAUUUACGUCGAUAAAGCGGCAAAAGGGUUGUCAUUCGCGCCGAAAGCAGAAGUUUGUGAUUUUUCUGACCCUAGGAUAGGUUCGACUUGGUAUUGCCUCAAGCCCAAAACUCUGUCCUGCUCCAAUCGUAGUCAGCAUCGUGGUAACAUAGAAAGAGGAAACAGUUAUCUUCAACAAGCGCUGCAAGACGAAAAAGUGUCGUUAGCAAAGCCAGAAAUGCUGAAGAACACUGGCCAAGUACGAACAGUCAAAGUGAUGUCUGAAGUGAGUGACUCUGCUUGUCUGGAUUUACCGCCUUGCGAUUCGGGUCUUCCACCCAAGCGAGCAAACCACGCCGCUGGAUACUACUUCAGAGAUUUAUGGAAGUCAAAGGUCUGCCUUGCCAGAGAACUCCAGCUAAAGGAAACUAUCGAGUGCCUUCGAAAUAAGCAUUUGUUUUUCAUCGGUGACUCCACCAUAAGGCAGUGGUUUGUGUAUCUUGUCUCACACCUUGGAAAAGCCAUGAAGGAGUAUAAGAUAUGGACCAAGGAAGGGGUUAUUCAAAUGCAUAGACACGCUUUUGACAAAGUCCACAACAUCACACUGGAUUUCCGAUUUCAUUACUACCCGAUUCUUGGUAACUGGCUUAAUACAACUACUAUCUAUUCUGCAAUUGACUUGAUUGACAGUCUACCAGGUGGAAGGGACACAGUGCUCGGUUUUACCAUGUGGGCUCACUUUACAUACACGAAUCUGACCUAUUAUUUAUCUCGAUUGGAGCCCAUUAGAGAUGCCAUGAUACGCCUUCAAGAGAGAAGUGCUGGAAAAGCUACCGUUAUAAUCAAGUCGGCAAACACUGGCAUUUUACCUUACACGCCCGAAAUCACUGAGCUGUUGUCCUACGAUCUAGAUCAGACGAUGAGGGUUUUUUUCAGGGACGUUCCUGACGUCAUAAUUAUUGACGUUUGGGACAUGACUCUAAGCCACGGAGGUCGAUAUAAUGUUCACCCGAGUAAACUGGUCAUAAGAGAAGAAAUCAAGAUGGUACUGAAUUUCGUUUGCAGCAACACAACCACGGGACACUGACUUUUUUGAUAAUAAACAAUGCUAUUUAAAGGACGUUAAACACUAAUGGCGCCCAACCUCACUGCCAUGGGAGAACUCACGUUAACUAAACCUCACGUCAUUAUGUUAGAGGUCUAUGUUAUAAGGCACAAAAGGGUAAGAGAAAGUCAACUUUCACAUUGUCCUCUCUUUCAAAUGCCAACAAUUUUUAAUAAAAGAGAUUUGCCAAGGUGCAAGUGCCAACAUUAUUUCUCUGAUUUCAAACAGCACCUAUUGAUGAGAGCUUUAAAAGACCCUACCAAAGAGCACAGUGUGGUCUUUCAUGUCGGGGUUUUCUUUGGUACUAAUUUCUUCGGCACUAAGUUCAACCUUGUGAUGAACCUGGGAAUUAUUCAAGACUCUGCUAAGGGGGAAAAGGAUAGAAGCCAAGAUAGUAAAAAAAGAAGUGAAUAUUCGUAAGAAAUUGUUAUAAUUUACAGUGAAAUCCUUUGAAACUAUAAAUAGCAGACUUUUUGGUAGGCAGUGGAAAAUAAAAAUAGGUAUUUGUUUUGAAAGCGCCACGUAAUUUACUUCGAGUUUUGAAUUUCAUUUAUGUAUAGUUACAUUAUCAGUUGGUAUACCCUGUUCAGUUGAAACUGAGGCCAAAAAAGAUACCUGUUUUAUUCGAGAAAAGAACAGGUCCCAAAAGCCUUUUGUGUCAUGUAUGUUUGAUGGGACAAACAUUAGUUCAUAGAUCAGGGUUGUUAGUAUAGAUGAUGUUGGAUCUCCCUACCUGUUUAAAGCAUUAUUUACGUUUUAAUGGUGCACUAAAAAACAAUGAGCUCAACGUAAUAAUACGACUCCGAUUAUGUAAAAACGGGGAGAAUUCGCGAAAUACCAACGUUGUUGGUUGGUGGGAAUCUUGAUUAUAGUUUCACUUCCCAUUGUUAUAACUAAAAGCAUUUUGUCAAGGUAAAGCAAAGCAAUAUUUUGAAACUUUCUCCUAAAUGUUGUGGCAAUAUGUAGUAGUUUCUUAUGGUGAUUAAAUAGAGUAUUUAUAUCUGAAUACAAAAAAUUGUAUUAUUCUGAUAAAGAUGCUAUUUUUCUCUAUGGGAAACAGGUUUCACCUGGCAAUCAAAACUGGUAAAAACAGGAUCACUUAGAAUUGGAACGGACACGAUUUAUUUACUUGUAAAGUCAGAACUCCGGUUGCCAUUACUGUUAAACAAAUUGGUUGAAAACUUCAAUGCACAAGGAAGUUUCCGUGCACAUCUGAUCACGUCCACUACUUGUCCUUCUCUGCGCUCAAUGCAAAAUGCCUUCGCCGAUAAAAUCUGUGCUUUGAAUGGUUGAAAAGCAAGAUGACUGCCCUAUGAUAGAGGUGUAUAACAAUUUAUUCAAACUAAUAUCUACCACAACUUAUUUUGUUCCAUUUGAAAGCAAAUGGUAAUAGAUCAGCAAACGUAUUACAGAUAAACAGACAAAUAAAAAGAAAUAGAAACCAUUACUGCGGGGCCAUUCUGUUUGCAAGCAAGCGGUAUAUUCCUCUCCUACCAAUAGGGUUUUGACUUGCUUCAGUGUGUCACUGGCCCACAGGACUAGCGUCUCCUCGGAUUUGUCUGUAAAGUUAUGUCAAGAUAUCCUUUGGAAACAUCUUUACAGUAUCAUUUUCAAUCAGAAUAAACGAAGAAAAGGGUUAAUAUCAAAAAAUCCAAAAAGACGUUUUGAAAUGAAUAUUAUACCACCGAAUGACUGUGACUUUCCACCAAAAAGCAAAGUCGUGUUCUAAGUCAUGCUUCUAAAACACAAGUCUAUUGCUGCAACCAAAUGAAGAAAUUAUUUGUACAUCUUCCAAUAAGCUACAA